UCAACAUCUUCUCAAAAGACAAAAGUGAAAAGAAAAGCAUGUAAAGCUGAAAACCCUUCUUCAUCCUUAAUAUUUUGCGUAUUCCGAUUGUAAUGCAAACAAUUACAAGUUUAAAAUAAAAAUUUUGGUUACAUAAAACACGAAUUAUCAGUGUUUAAGGGAAUUUAAUAUAGUUCAGAUUUGUUUGGUCAAGAUUAAAUAUUAUUUCAAUAGGAUUUACAUAAGAAUAAUUACAAAUUAUGGAACAAUUAGGAACGUAUUAUAAGAAAAUGCAAAUUUAGCAAGAAUGGCAAAAGAACUAUCAUAAAUAUUGGGAACAAUAACUUAUCUUCCUUUUUCCUUGGAUACUGAUCUGAACUUCUACAUGGACCGUGUCGACCAAAAUUAGAAACAUGACAAGUGUGAAAGCCUGCUGCGUCCCCAGCUGUGAUUCGAGUCAACGUGGAAAAGGCACAACCUACCAUUUAUUUUCCAGAAUUAGAUUGUAUGCAAACAUUCGGGAAAAAUGGAUUAGUAUUAUUCGGGAGCUGAGAAAUGAUCCAAAUUGGGAACCCGUCGAAUUGAGGGACACAAUCUGCUCGAGACAUUUCCAACCGUCCGAAUUGUACGGAGACGUGCGGAGACUGUUAAUUCGGACGGCGAUUCCCACUCUUAAUUUAUGGCCAGAUUCCAAACCCACAACUUUGAUGCAUGACCUCCCUGACAAUCUGGAAAUCAUGACGAGCACCUGUGACGAGGAUCUGCAUGACGAGGAGGAUGACAAAAUUGGUCCCGAUCCUCUGGAAGGAGUGGAUCCAUACUGCGCCACACCUGCUACCACCACGUGCUCUACAAAAUCGACCCCGGGACAAAUAAGUUUUACUCCAUUUGCCCAAUUUGCAAACAGGGUUCAGCGAGAAAGAUCUCAGAAAAAUAUUGGACGUGGACGUCCACCGAUUCACAAGGAGUCAAAGUUCACCUGUCCAACGUGCCAAAAAGGAUUUGACAAAAGCAGGAAGUAUGUUCUUCACUUGGAAAAGCACAUUCCAAGCCCCAAGUUUACGUGUGAAUGGCCAGGAUGUCAUUGGCACUUUCCUGAUAAAUACAGACUCAAAUCCCACGUUCAAGUGAUGCAUAUCAACAAACCGUUUGCUUGUUCGAUUUGCUCUUCUGCGUAUGCCAGCAAAGAACAAUUGCAAAUCCAUGAGGAAUUCAUGCACAAAGUGGUCAACAGUACUACGUAAAAAUUUUGUACACUCUUAAAAAUAUUGCUACCCUUGAAACUUGUAUGCUUAAAACAAAAACAUAUUUUAUAAACACUUAAAAAUAAACCUUUUCCAGUUUUUUCAAUUGAUUUAUUUAAAAAAAA